AUGUUGUUGUCUAGCAGUAUCUGAAGAUUAUAUUUCUGGCCAUUCAUGAUGACAUCGCUAAGGUCAUUCUUAAUGUUCUAUUUGCCUCUUUUGGAGCCUCGUGCUGAAAUGGAAGAUGAUGAUUUCCUUGAGGAGAGGGAAGAACAACCAACUGAUCUGGUUGUCCCCUUCAAGAAAUCAGUGAAGCAAAUCAUCCGUGAGACAACCGUUGUGACGACUAGAAGGAUUUUAGAAAGAAUUGCUGUUCAUUAUGUUUCAGAAAGAAUGGCAUGGAAAAUUCUUAAAGAUGUCCCUAAAUCAGCUACUCGCAAGGCUGCGAGGAAUAUGACUUAUCAUGUUUACUUCUUUUGUGUGAGCAGAACAACUUUUAGAGGACACAUGCUUGGCGUUGCAGCAUCAUGGAUUGUCCAAGUAGGCAUUGAUGUGUACCGGUUUUUUAAAUCGAUUCUCAAGUCCAAAGAUGAUGUGGGUAACAUUGUUGACAAAUCCGAGCAAGUUGCAAUUCUUGGGCAGAAAAUUUUCAUUGCUACAGUUAGGUGUUCGUCGUCUCUAAUCUUUGCUUCCAUAGGAGCUGGCAUUGGUGCUACCCUUAUUCGUCCAUCGCUUGGCCAGUGGAUUGGGUGUGCUGCUGGUGAUUUGGCUGGUCCCAUUAUUGUAGCAUAUUGUGCCGACCAACUAUUUCAAGUGAGAUUUUGCUAAUUAUAUUUUCUAAAAGAUUCUUUACCAGCUUCCGAAGACUGGCAUUUCAUAGAAUUUCCUCUUCUAUAUGCCUUAUCUAAUUGAGUCAAAAAGUUGGCCGAUAAAAAGAAAUAAAGCUAGGCUCAACCUUCAAAGGAGUUGUUAACAAGAUAUAAUUAUAAUAUAUUAAUAUAUCAAUCCUUCUUAUAUACACCACUACACCAGCACCAGUGGUUUAGUAGUAGAAUAGUACUCUUCAAUCUCAUGCAGGGAUAACUCAGUUGGGAGAGCGUUAGCCUGAAGAUCUGAAGGUCGCAUGUUCGAUCAAUGUUCACCGCAUAUUUUUAAACAUUCUAUUUCACUUUAAUUCUGAAAAAUAUGACAUUUGGAAACCUUUAAUUUGGAUAAUUUGAUGAUCAUAUUAAUCAUACCACAACCAUACUAUUA